AUGCGAUACAUCCUGCACAAUCUCCAGUUCCAAAAAUGGUUUUACCUGCUUGACAUUCCCGGGCCCGCAACAGGUCGCCGUGCAAAGCUCUUCCGCGAUGCGAGAUUCACGGCUGGGCGGCUGAUCACAAACGGCCAAGAGGAGCAUCGGCCCGGGCAGGAAAGUCAGCGCUUCCCUGAGAGCGCUUUUCCGGAAGUGGGUGGCAUUGGAGACCCGAGUGCCGAGCAAAAGUUCAUCUCGACUGUCCAGCGUGCUGGAAACGAGAAUCUCACUGGGAGCGAAGGCGACGUCAUCAUCGUCGUGUCCGAGGGUCAGGUUCUGAAGAUCCCGGGCCAUGCGCUCCCGCCUGGGCACAGCGAGGACUGGCCCAAUUGGACGGUGCCCAUCGGCUGGGCCGUGAACAGCCACGAUUCAUCAGGCUUAUGCGGAGAACCUGCGCAAUGCCUGAACACUUGUGUUCCAGAUUUGAUGCCGGCGCAGUUGCAGUCCUACCUCGGAAUGUUUGGAACGGUUUGGACGUCGCCAAGCGUCCACGCCUAA